GUGAUUAGAAACAACUGAAGCGAAUCCCAGGUUUAGUGUAUGAGGUCACUCAUACUAUGGACAUGUCCCCUGUCAUUCCAUCAUUGUCAGCUAAAGAUAGACAUCAGGAGCUCAGUAUUUUAAUAUUCAAAUACUACUACAGGAAGAUAAAACACCCGCUGUACUGUAUAUGACGAAGAGUAAACAGUGUUUUAUUAUUCUCAGUCUAUGUGAGCUUAUCAAGGAGGAACAUCAGUGUGCAGAGAAAAGAUGCAGUGGACUCUGUUUCUAGUGGUUCUGAUGGGUCAGUGCUCCUUUUCCACAUGUUCCCUGUAUCAGUACCACUUUAUUAGAGAGAACAAGACCUGGUAUGAAGCUCAGACGUACUGUAGAGAGACAUAUACAGACCUGGCCACAGUGUCUGACAUGACAGACAUGAGGAGACUCUGUAGCUCUACACAGAAUCAGGAUGAAGCCUGGAUUGGUCUGCACAGCUACCCAGGAAAAGACAACAGGACGUGGUACUGGUCUCUGCCAGGACUGGAGUUUAAUGUAUCUAGUGAUACUAGAUGGCAGAGGGGAGAACCCAAUGAUGGUGGACCAGGUGCACCGUCGGGAACAGUUGAGAACUGUGUUACCAUAAACAAUCAAUUAUGGAAUGAUGAACAUUGUUAUCAAAAAUUUACAUUUUUCUGCUUCAAUGGCACAAAACAAUCCAACACAUUUUAUAAUAUUACUACAACCAUGACUUGGCCUCAGGCUCAGAAUCACUGCAGACAUCAUUACACAGACCUGGUCAGUGGACUGGACCAGUUGAAUGAUCCAACCGUGGCAUCUCACAGCUCUGUUUGGAUCGGUGUGUUCAGAGACACCUGGAGGUGGUCAGAUGGGAGUAACUCCUCAUUCAGAAACUGGGAAAGUCUUGAAGAUUUGGUUGAUGGACAAAGUAACAAGACAUGUGCUACUGUGUUAAACACAGCAGGAACAUGGAGCUACGACUAUUGUGAUAAACAAAAACCCUUCUACUGCUACGAAGAUAAUCUGAUCCUGAUAAAUCAAAGUGUGACCUGGGUGGAGGCCUUGAAAUACUGCAGAGAGAACCACCAUGACUUGGUCUCCAUCACUAACCAUCACCAGCAGAGAUGGGUCCAAGAGAGAAUCAAGAACGCCUCAACUGACUUUGUGUGGCUGGGACUGAGAUACACCUGCACUCUGGGUUUCUGGUUCUGGGUCAGUGAUGAGGUGGUCGACUAUCAGAACUAUCAGAACUGGGCAUCAAAUGUAACAAGUGAUGACUGUGACAUGUCUGCAGCCAUAAACACAGGAAACAAUAAGUGGUUCAAAAGACCUGAUAAUGAGACAUUUAAUUUUUUCUGCACUAAGAUUUAAACAUUCACACACCUGAAAUUGUAUUUACUUAUUGAGAA